CUUCGCACUCAGCCAUUGUUUCGUAUUAGUGAUUGCUGCUCAAUAGUCUGGAUAUGUUACGAUAAUCGCCAACUGGUCGCGCAUCUGUUCGUCGUUACCCCCUCUGGAUCGAUGAGCUAAGUGAGAGCGCUUCCCGAGUCUCCGCGACAGCCUCAACUGCAGCUCUCCUGGGAUCGCCGCGCACGAGAAUCUCCAAGCCAAGAUGUUCACCUUUACCCCCCUUCUCGGCGCGCAGUCUGCGUCAUCGAAGGCUUCACAAUCGAUUCUCGAGCUUGAUGGAGGAAUCAAGAUUCUUGUGGACGUCGGUUGGGAUGACACCUUUGAUCCUCUCGACCUGCAGGAACUUGAAAAACAUGUUCCGACCCUGUCGCUCAUUCUUCUAACCCACGCUACACCCGCUCAUAUCGGUGCCUUUGCCCAUUGCUGCAAGACCUUCCCUCUCUUCACGCAAAUCCCCGUCUACGCUACGAGUCCCGUCAUUGCGCUCGGUCGCACGUUGCUACAGGAUUUAUACGCCUCUUCUCCGCUAGCCGCAACAUUUCUACCCAAAGCCUCGAUCUCCGAGCCCGGCGCUUCUACGGCCGCAGCAUCAGCUGCUGCGUCGGUGGCCGAAGGCGAUGAAAGCGCCGAAGCUACUCAUGCCGGGCGCAUCCUCCUCCAACCUCCUACCGCCGAAGAAAUCGCCCGGUACUUCUCUUUGAUACACCCUUUGAAAUACUCACAACCACACCAACCGCUUCCGUCACCAUUCUCCCCGCCCCUGAACGGCCUUACGCUGACUGCAUACAACGCUGGACAUACCGUUGGUGGUACGAUAUGGCAUGUACAACAUGGCAUGGAGUCAAUUGUCUAUGCGGUCGACUGGAACCAAGCUCGAGAGAGCGUCGUCGCAGGCGCUGCCUGGUUUGGAGGUUCCGGUGCUAGUGGAACGGAGGUCAUUGAGCAGCUGCGCAAACCUACGGCGCUGGUAUGCAGCACCAGGGGAGGCGAACGGUUUGCAUUGCCCGGAGGCAGGAAGAAACGGGAUGACUUGCUGCUGGACAUGAUUCGGAGCACCAUCGCCAAGGGUGGUACAGUGUUGAUUCCUACGGAUACUAGCGCUCGUGUGCUGGAGCUGGCUUAUGCACUGGAACAUGCCUGGCGCGAUGCGGCAGGCUCUGGCCAGGGUGACGAUAUACUGAAAGGAGCCGGACUGUACCUGGCCGGCCGCAAAGCUAAUACUACGAUGCGACUGGCAAGGAGUAUGCUGGAGUGGAUGGACGAGAACAUCGUGCGAGAGUUUGAGGCGGCUGAGGGUGUGGAUGCAGCGACUGGUCAGUCAAAUACAGAAGGCCAACGUGCAGGUCAGAAUCAGGGCAAGGCAGAAGGGAAGGGCGUGGGGCCUUUUACAUUCAAACAUCUCCGAAUCUUGGAACGCAAAAAGCGAUUAGAAAAGAUUCUGUCCGACCAGAAGCCCAAGGUCAUCCUGGCUUCCGAUACGUCGCUGGAUUGGGGAUUCGCAAAGGAUUCUCUUCGUUUGGUGGCGGAAGGUGCCAACAACCUGCUGCUUUUGACGGAGCCUUUGCAUAAGGAGAGGAUUACGGAGGGCCAGGAAAGCACCCACAGGAAGACGCUCGGCAGUAUGAUCUGGCAGUGGUAUGAAGAACGGAAGGAUGGCGUCGCUCUGGAAAAGGCAUCGGAUGGCGAGAUGCUGGAACAGGUGCACAGCGGAGGCCGGGACCUCUCCUGGACGGAUGUGCGACGUGCGCCUUUGGACGCAGGCGAGCAGUUGCUCUACCAGCAGUAUCUGGCCACGAAACGACAACUUCAAGAUACCUCACAAGCAAGAGGACAAGAAAAUCUUGACAAUGCCGCCGACGCCCUCGAUGACCGGUCCAGCUCUACAUCAGAAGACUCGGAGACGGAACAGCAGGGUCGCGUCCUGAACUUCUCGACCUCCUUAGCACACUCCAACCGAAACAAGCUCGGCCUCAGCGAUGAAGACCUUGGCGUCAACAUUCUUCUACGACGCAAGAAUGUCUACGACUACGAUGUACGAGGCAAGAAAGGUCGCGAGCGCAUGUUCCCGUAUGUGGCACCGCGGAAGAAGGGGGACGAGUAUGGCGAGUUCAUCCGGCCUGAGGAGUACCUCCGUGCCGAGGAACGUGAGGAGGCCGACAUGCAGCAGCGCCGGACUGACUCCCAGACCAAGCUGGGGCAGAAACGUCGCUGGGACGAAACAGCGCCCCACGGACGUCGACUGUCGGGCAGUGGCGCCAAACGGCAAGCGCUUGGCGAUGCGCAGAAACGGGAUGUCAGCACUGCUGACGAACUGAGCCUCGCCGAAGACGGCGAAGUGGAUGCCGCGGUAUCCUCAGAGGAUGAGGUGGAAGGACAGAGCUUCGAAGGGCCAGCGAAGGCAAUAUAUGAAAAGGCUACACUGACAAUCAAUGCCCGGCUGGCAUACGUGGACUUUACAGGACUACACGACAAGCGCAGUCUGGAGAUGCUCAUCCCACUCAUCCAGCCCCGGAAGCUGAUCCUGGUUGGUGGCAUGAAACAGGAGACGACCGCGUUGGCGACCGAAUGCCAGAAGCUCCUGGCAGCCAAAUCCGGAAUGGAUGUUUCGGCCGCGGAUUCGGCAGUCAUCUUCACGCCAGUCAACGGCGAAGUCGUUGACGCCAGCGUCGACACGAACGCAUGGAUGGUCAAGUUGAGCAACAACCUGGUCCGGCGUUUGAAGUGGCAGCACGUACGCAGCCUGGGCGUGGUUACGCUGACGGCGCAGUUGCGGGGGCCGGAACAAGCCGUCCUGGAGGAUUCUACAGAAGAGAACCCCAGCAAGAAGCCGAAACUGUUGGAGGAGGAGAAGAAGGACGAAGGAGGUAGCACCGAGGUUGCGACGAACGCACCAUCAGAGGGGGCCAAACCAUCAGCCGACAAGUCCGAGGUAUACCCACUGCUGGAUGUGCUGCCGGUCAACAUGGCGGCGGGGACGCGGUCCAUGACCCGGCCGCUCCAUGUGGGCGACCUGCGGCUGGCAGAUUUGCGCAAGAUCAUGCAAGGGGCUGGACAUACGGCAGAAUUCAGGGGCGAGGGAACGCUCCUUAUCGAUGGGAUGGUGGCAGUGCGGAAGUCGGCGACGGGGCGGAUUGAGAUUGAAGCAUCCGCGCAGUCUGCGGCGUCGACGAACCUAGGACGAGGAGGAGGGAGUUUCUUGGCUGUGAAGCAGAAGAUUUAUGAAGGAUUGGCUGUUGUGUCGGGGAGUUAGGUGCUGCCAGAACCGGUUCGUCUGAUGUUGGAUUAUGCCAACCCAGUAGAUUAAAACAAGACAUAAAAUAUCCGUUUACCCUCUAUA